GGAAGCCGGGGCCCCGCCUCGCCUCUUGGUUUCGUUUCCUCGGCGGCCUCGGGGCCACUGCGCCGCCGCAUCCCCGCACGUCCCGUCGGGCGCCCGCGACACACCAUGGCGGAGCUGUGCCCGCUGGCCGAGGAGCUGUCGUGCUCCAUCUGCCUGGAGCCCUUCAAGGACCCGGUCACCACGCCGUGCGGCCACAACUUCUGCGGCGCGUGCCUGGACGAGACUUGGGCCGUCCAGGGCGCGCCGUAUCUCUGCCCGCAAUGCCGCACCGGCUUCGCCGCGCGGCCGCAGCUGCGCAAGAACACGGUGCUGUGCGCGGUGGUGGAGCAGUUCCUGCAGGCCGAGCAGGCCCGGCCCGCGCUCGCCGCCGACGACUGGACGCCGCCCACCCGUGCCGCCGCCCCCAGCGCGGCCGGCCAGGUGGCCUGCGACCACUGCCUGCAGGCCACCGCCGUGAAGACGUGCCUGGUGUGCAUGGCCUCCUUCUGCCAGGAGCACCUGCGGCCGCACCUGGACAGCCCCGCCUUCCAGGACCACCCGCUGCAGCCGCCUGUCCGCGACCUGAUGCGCCGCAAGUGCGCCAGGCAUAACCGCUUGCGGGACUUCUUCUGCCCCGAGCACAGCGAGUGUAUCUGCCACGUCUGCCUGGUGGACCACAAGACCUGCUCGCCUGCGCCCCUCAACGAGGCCAGCACCGACCUGGAGAACAAGUUGAGGCAAAAACUGACUGUCAUGUACGGCCAGAUCAAUGGGGCGUCAAGAGCGCUGGAGGACGUGAGAGCCAGGCAGCAGGAGGCGCAGGACGCUGCACAUAGGAAGGUGGACCAGCUGAGACAGGAAUACCUGGAGAUGAAGGCUCUCAUUGAUGCCUCCGAGGCCAGCGCCACAAGGAAGAUAAAGGAAGAGGAGAAGAGGGUCAUCAGCAAGUUCGACAACAUUUACCAGAUCAUCCUCAAGAAGAGGAGUGAGAUCCAGACCCUAAAGGAGGAGGUUGAACUGGCCCUGACUAAGGGGGACGAGUUUGAAUUUCUGGAGAAAGCGACAAAGCUGCAGGGAAUCACCACGAAGCCAGUCUUCGUCCCCAAGGUGGAGCUGAACCACGAGCUGAUUAAGGAAAUCUAUCAGGGCACCUCUGACCUGAAGAAUGAGCUGAAGCGGUGCCUCAGACAGCCCCAGGACAAGAAGCCUGAGGAGGUCACCAUCCCAGGGGACGCUGGAGGACCCUGCGCACCACACACACCGAAGGCCCACCGGCCUGUGAAGAAGGCUGUGAAAGAAGAGAAGAAGCCCAGGAAACCUGGCUCUGCCUUACUCAACAAGCCUCUCAGCUUUGGAUCCUUGGAACACUUAGUGAAUCCCAAACUAACUGUCCAGGAGGGUGCAGCCAAAGCCCCUGCCGUGCCGCCGACCUCAGCAUCUCUCAACGCCAAGGUGCUGGAGAACUUCCUAACCAAGUCCAGGCAGGAGCUCCUGGAGUAUGUGGUUAAAGUCGUCCUGGACUACAACACCGCCCACAGCAAGGUGGCCCUGUCCGAGAACUACACCGUGGCGUCCGUGGCUGACACGUCCCUGAACUACCGGCCGCAUCCCCAGAGGUUCACAUACUGCUCGCAGGUGCUGGGGCUGCACUGCUACAAGAAGGGGAUUCAUUACUGGGAGGUGGAGCUGCAGAAGAACAACUUCUGCGGGGUGGGUGUCUGCUACGGCAGCAUGGAGCGGCAGGGCCCCGAUAGCCGGCUUGGCCGCAACAACGCGUCCUGGUGUGUGGAGUGGUUCAACACCAAGAUCUCCGCCUGGCACAACAAUGUGGAGAAAACCCUGCCCUCCACCAAGGCCACGCGGGUUGGGGUGCUUCUCAACUGCGAUCACGGCUUCGUCCUCUUCUUCGCCGCGGCUGACAAGGUCCACUUGUUGUACAAGUACAAGGUGGACUUCACUGAGGCCGUGUACCCCGCCUUCUGGCUCUUCUCCACGGGUGCCACGCUCUCCAUCUGCUCCUCCAAGUAGGCCGGCCACGGAUGCUCGGCCGGACCGCCUGCGCGCUUCCCCUGGUCCCCCCCGGGAGGGUGCUGCAGGUGGGACCCCCGGGAAGUUGCCCUAGGUCCCCCAGGGCCAAAGGGAUGGGAGAGGAGCUGCGGAGGGUGGGAGGCUGGGCAGAUGGGAUGAGAGGUCAGGGUUGGCCAGGGAUGGGCUGGGUGUUUCCUUGUGGGUGAGGAAGGCUCCCACUUCCUGGUGCCUCUCUGGCCGGAUGCCCCACCUCGGUUCUGGUAGAUCUCCAGGCAGCUGGGCAGGUCUCCGGGGAGGCAAAGUCACAAGCGUCCCUUUUCUGCUGGACAUAAUCUGUAGCCACUGUGGGUUAUUCCUCAGGCCUCUGGUGCCUGCUUCUUUCUUCUCCGAAGUAGCCUUCAAAUCUUGGAGUUCUGAUGACUCUUUGUAGAGCUAUUCGGGUCUGUAGAUUAAAAAAAAAAAAGCCAAAGUCAGUGAAUUUCAUUCCCUUCCACUGCCUCCACGUGGGAGUUGGGAUGAAUGCUUAGACUUCGGAUUAUUUUCUGUGCUCGAGGGAAGCGACCCACAGCAGGUCUCCACCCAGACUGGAGUUUCCCAAAGAAGUAUGUCCUUUUCGCCCUCUGUUGUCCCUUUCUGUCCUGUACCUCAUCACCCCAUCCACGGUUUUAAAAUGUUGAGUCCCAACAGGAACACUUUUGGUCUAAGGUUUCAAACCAUAAUCUGAAUCAGCCUGUGUUGACUUUGUGAUUCCGGGUCAGCAUGACCCGGUCCCCAUGUGGCCAGAAGCCCCACCCACUCCUGUGUAUUAUGAAAGGCCGCAGAUGCCUUGGCUUUGACUGCGGCCCCAGAACCUUCCGGUCACGCAGGCUGUGGAGCAGCAGUCCCCCUAGGCAAGAGGGCGUUAGCAGUCGGCAGUUUUGCUCUCAUCAGAGCGUCUCGGCUACUGACUGGCUCUCCUCAGUGCUCGCCUCCUUCCUCCAGGACCGUGAGACCCUGCCCUAGCUGGUGGAGACCCCACCGUGGCCAGCAGAGCUGAUCGGUUAGCUAAGCCUGCUGCCACGAAGACAGGCCCGGUGCGGCUGCCUCCAGGACCACCCUAGUCAUCUGCUGGGGUGCCUACCUGUGGCCAGAAGGGCCUGCUAGCAGAUGCACGGGAAGCAGCAACAUUCCUGUUCAACCCAGCGCUGGUCCUCUUGUGAGUCAGAGAGGCCCGAACCCUUUAUACUCUCUUCCUCGCUUGAGCCAAAUGCAGAUGUAGGAAUUGACCAGGAGAAGGGUCAGAAAGACUGAAACCAGGGAGGAAACCAGCUGCCAGGCUCAAGUACAAGGGGCUAUUUUUCCUGCAGUGUUUCUGUGCAACAGAAAUAGCCUCAGUCCACUGAGGGCUGGAGGGAGUCGAUGGCUGGAAUUUUCCGAGCUCCUUACAUCCUGACAUUGUCAGGAUAUAAGUUUUCAUCCCCAAAGUGGGAGAAAUGUAACGGCUUGUGAGGAAAUGAGUCCUGCUCUGGACUUUCCCAGCAGGUGAGCUGAAGUCAGGCUCCUUAAUCCUUAUGGUCUGAAAAGGACCAUACCACUGGAGACACGCACCUCAGGCCUUUCCAUAUAGAUGUUUGAUAUUAUGUCAGGUCAUCUCUGGUUUUGUGCUGGAUCCCCAGGGCAUUCUAGUUAGGCCCAGAGCACUUGAUGUUCCUGAUGGAAGUGUUGAUCUGUGUCACCUUCCAACACGAACUUUUACUUCCUUGGGAGAGAAUUCAUCUUUGUAGGGAAGAUCCCCUGCAAUAGCUGAACUGUGGGUGUUUGAAGAUUUUCUUCCUUUGCUACUAGGAAGAAAAGUUCUUUGGUGAUUCUUCUCUGCUUUUGGAGAUGGUUCAAAGCACCUUCAUUGAUCUCCUGAAACAAAAGCCUUGUUCAGAGCCAGUUCAUGCUUGGGGAACAGCUGGGUUGAAGAGGGUGCCCAAGAUUAAACCACAGGUCUUGCUUGGGCUCUCCUCUAGAAAUGAAGGCAGUGGGGGCGGGGAGGGGGGAGCUUCCCUGAUAGUGCAUCGUCCAGCUCAGGACAGAGGAGCCUGAGCCCCUCUUAUGAUGAAAGGCAAGCAGGUAACCCAAGUUGAGGCUUAUGCGGGUGCCUUGGAGACGUGAAUUGAGGAGCACACCCUCGCUGUCUCAAACCAUACUGUAUCCAGUGGUGAGACUUCAUGUCCCCUCUCGCCUUGCGGGGCUGGUACCCAGUGCUCAAGUCCUAGACUUGGGGGAACUUUGCAUUCAUUUGACUUCCCAUUUUGCAGAGUAAGUCAGAUGGGCAGGUGUUGGAUGGAUCCACUCACUGCUCCUGCCAUCCCGUCUUGGAGGAGGUACCUUGUAGAUGCCCCCUGGUACCCUGGGGGAGGGUCAGAACUUCACAGAUAAACAUACAAAUGUUCUCCCAACCUAGGUAGCAGGGACUGUCUCCACCACUCUGACAAUGAUAAAUCAAAGAUCGGGGUCAAGUUUUUGUUGUUCAAAGACUGGUUGAUUGGUUUGCCUGUUUUAAUUAUUCUGAGAUGGGUCUGUGAUCUAUAAAAUAAUACUGAUACAUUAUUUCUUACCUUAUUCUGUCCGACCCUGCAUUGAUUUUAAUUAGGAGUAUUUAAGCCUGUGUUCUUGAGCUUGUAUUUUUAUGCGUUGAUUCUUCAGGACAUUAUCAGUGUUGUAGACACUAUUCCUUUGAAAGGCAUGAGAAAUACCGGGACCAAGGCUGGCUUGCGUGCCUUAGAAGCUUUGAAUGCAAUACAGCGGUGUUGGGUGUUCUUGCACACAUUACAGUGUGUGUAGAAAGUGUUCCUUAACUGUCAUGCAGGAGUCAGCAAAUGAGGUGCCCAAGGGCCUCUGGGUGCCCCCCACUCAGCUGCCUGCUAGGUUUCAGCAGAGCUGGAGCCUGCUAGAUUUCAGCAGAGCUGGAGCCUAGUUGAGGCUGCUUGGGUGGGGCAGCCUCUCAGGAAGCUUGCUGUGAAUUCUCAGCCAAAUGUCCUUCUGGGCUUUGCUUCAGGAUGAUCUGAGGAUGAGGGUAGGGAGGCAGGGGAGGGCUAUGAGUGAAAAGAUAAAUAAACCACAGUUGAAUAAUCAAGGAAACAGUGGUGGAAAUAUGAGUGUUUACUAUAUUAUUCCUUCUACUGUUGUCUCUGUUUGAAAAUCCCUAUAAUAAAAACUUAAAAACAAUGAAACAAAACUA